GUUAAACUUGUUUGGGCCUGUAAUGGUUAAUGCGAGACUAUAAAAAAGAAACAAAAAAAGGUACUCUCUCAUGCUUUAUUUAAUUUUCUUUUGUUUCUGGGACUACACAACACACUUACUUACACUAGUUAGUCUCUUGUUCUGAGUGUACCAUACGCUGCAAUGCACUGAACUGGCCUCUGCCAACAACAUGGCCCAGCGUCAAGUCUCUCCUUUCUUCCAUCUCCUCUUUUGUCUUCAACUUUACUUUUUCACUUUCAUCUCUCAAAUUUAUUAAACAACCACCAACCCCUACACUAGACCCCCACUCUUUCUUUCUCUUACUAUCAUUUAUCUAUCAACUACAAUGAAUACAAUCUAGUUACUCAUUACCAAACCUCACCAAUGGAUUCAGGUAACUCUUCCUCAGAAGAGUCCUCUCUUAAUGGCUUGAAAUUCGGCCAACGUAUCUAUUUCGAAGAUACAUCUCUUGCAAACUCCUCCACUGCUAAUGCAAAUGCUUCUUCUUCUGCUGGUUCCAAGAAAGGAAGAGGUGGGUCGUUUCAACAUUCUCAACCUCCUAGGUGUCAAGUUGAGGGUUGUAAAGUAGAUCUGAGUGAUGCUAAAGCUUACUAUUCUAGACACAAAGUUUGUAGCAUGCACUCUAAAUCACCUACUGUUACUGUUUCUGGUCUACAACAAAGGUUUUGUCAACAGUGUAGCAGGUUUCAUCACCUUGCUGAGUUUGAUCAAGGAAAAAGAAGCUGCCGCAGACGACUAGCUGGUCAUAAUGAGCGUCGCAGAAAGCCCCCACCCAACUCUCUCUUAACUUCGCGUUUUGCCAGACUUUCGUCAUCUGUUUUUGAUAACAGCGGCGGAGGUGGCAGCUUCCUGAUGGAAUUUGCUCCACACCCGAAACUUAGUCUGAGGAAUUCACUUCCAUCCUCUGGAAAUCAAACCACAACACCCGGUUGGCCUUGGCCGGGAAACUCGGAGUCGCCAUCUAACAACUUUUUCUUGGAAGGUUCGGUGGGUGGGACAAGCUUCCCUGGUGCCAGGCAUCCUUCCGAGGAAAGUUACACCGGAGUCACAGAUUCAAGCUGUGCUCUCUCUCUUCUGUCAAAUCAAACAUGGGGUUCUAGAAACACAGAACCAAGUCUUGGAUUGAAUAACAUGCUGAAUUUCAACGAGACACCCAUGACACAACUUGCUACAUCUUCUCAUGGUGUAGCCAUGCAUCAGCUUCCAAACACUUCAUGUUAUUUCAAGGACAUUGAUCCCAGUAACCUAUCACACGAGGCUGUCCCCGAUCUUGGUCUAGGUCAUGUGUCGCAGCCUCUCGAUAGCCAACUUCACGGUAAUCUUGAUCUGUCGCAGCAAGGAAGGAGGCAUUAUAUGGAUGUAGAACACUCCAGGGCCUACGAAUCUUCUCAAUGGUCACUGUAAUGUACUUGUUUGGUGUCAGGUUUGUGAUAGCAUCUUUCACAAACACCGGAACUCAUGAAAAUGAUAAGUUAACUAAGGCAGACUUGGUUAUUUGCUAGCUUGAUACUAUUGUUUGUUUAAUCUGCUCCUUGCUUCAUUUGUGAAACUUUCACCUUUUGAAUAUUUUCCGAGUCAUCGUGAUUUUAAAUUGUAUGAAGUUGUCUGAUGUGAACAUACCUUGUUGUGUGAUUGAUGUUGUGUUGGAUUGUUGUUUAUUAUUUGUUUAUUACACUACGUUGCCGUUUUUUGUUGGAAAUGUAUCAUCUCUAUGUUCUUGUAAGACUACAAGUUAGUAAAAAAAUUGGUAGAUUAUACAA